UCUGGGCAGCUUUCUACCAAUGACGAUGUGAUGGACAAUAUGGCGCCUGGAGUAGAUUUAGCUUGUGAACCUGUCGUUGUCUAAAAGACCGGCGAUCCAACAGGAUGAACCUCUGCGCCCAAUACUUGCGGCAGGCAGAGGCCCUGAAGGCUGACAUGACAGAUUCAAAGCUCGGAGCGGCGGAGGUCUGGACAUCACGACAGGCUCUUCAGGACUUAUACCAGAAGAUGCUGGUUACAGACCUGGAGUACGCCCUGGACAAGAAAGUGGAACAGGAUCUCUGGAACCAUGCUUUUAAGAAUCAAAUAACAACACUACAGAGUCAAGCUAAGAACAGAGCCAACCCCAAUCGAAGUGAGGUGCAGGCCAAUCUCUCCCUGUUUCUCGAGGCAGCUAGCGGAUUCUACACACAACUGUUGCAGGAGCUGUGUACGGUGUUUAAUGUGGACCUGCCUUGCCGUGUGAAAUCGUCACAGCUUGGCAUCAUCAGCAAUAAACAAAGCACCACCAGCGCCAUCGUGAAGCCCCAGCCCAGCUCCUGUUCCUACAUCUGCCAACACUGUCUCGUCCAUCUUGGAGAUAUCGCACGCUAUCGUAACCAAACCAGCCAGGCUGAGUCGUACUACAGACAUGCAGCUCAACUUGUUCCUUCUAAUGGACAACCGUACAAUCAGCUGGCCAUACUGGCCUCCUCCAAAGGAGAUCACCUCACAACAAUCUUCUACUACUGCAGGAGCAUUGCUGUCAAAUUCCCCUUUCCUGCUGCAUCCACCAACCUGCAGAAAGCUCUUUCCAAGGCCCUUGAGAGCCGUGACGAGGUCAAUGCAAAAUGGAGCGUGUCUGAUUUUAUCAAGGCCUUCAUCAAGUUCCACGGCCACGUUUAUCUCUGCAAAAGCCUGGACAAGCUCAACACCCUGAGAGAGAAGCUGGAAGAGCAGUUUCAGAGACUGAUUCUCCAGAAAGCCUUCAGCUCGCAGCAGCUGGUGCACAUCACGGUGAUAAACCUCUUUGAACUGCACCACCUUAGGGACUUCAGCAACGAGGCGGAUGAUCAGAGCUACAGCUCGGAUGAACAGAUCAGCUGGAUCCAGCUCCUCGGCCUCUUUAUGUCUUUCCUGGGAGUGAUGUUAAGCCGUGCUUUACUUAAUAAGAACCGAGAAGAGAUCACGGGGGAGUGCCCGCUUCCUGCUAUCAAAGUGUCACUGGAUUGGCUGAGGCUGAGGCCCAGCGUGUUUAAUGAAAGUGCCGUGGGCAAGCGACAGCACAUCUGGCCGUGGCUGGUGUCCAUUUUGAACAGCUUCCAGCCGAAGGAGGAGGACGUGUCGGAUGCAUCAGUGAUUCCUCUGCCUGAGGAGUUUGAGCUGCAAGGCUUUCUGGCCCUUCGGCCCGCACUACGGAUGCUAGACUUCUCUAAAGGACACCAGGGGAUGGUGGUUGGCAAAGAGAGCCUGUUAGUGCUUGACCGACACCAGAGGCUUGUCAGCCUGGGCAAGUGGGUGGCUGACAACCAACCACAGUUGAUCCAGUGUCGCAUCAGUGAUGGCCUUUUGCUCUUCAUCACUGAUAUCCCCGAGAUGGUGGUGGAGGAGCCACAGGAGAAAGACACACCUGUACUCCAGGAGUCAUCUAACGGAGAGCAGACACCCAACGACAGCACCCAGGGCCUGAAGUCUGUCCUGUCAGCCGGGAAGAACCAGAACAGCGGGCUGGACGCCAGCGAAAGACCCGUGGUCACGUUCAAAGAGAACAUCAAACCCCGCGAGCAGAGCAAAGAACAGAACAGGAACUUGCAGCAGAGGGAUGCAGUGAAGGACAGAGCCGGCUUUAAUAAAGGAAAUGGAAUACAAGGGAAGAACGAGCAGAAGAAAGAGGGCAAGAGGAAGAGCGAGGUGAAGAAGAACAAUCACGAUAAAUCAACAGAUGUUGGGAAGCAGGUGAAGACUCAGACCGAGAUGAGGAAGACACCAGUGUCUGAAGCGAGGAAGACUCCAGUCACACAGACUCAAACCACAUGCUCUUCUCAGUUUAUUCCCAUUCACCACCCUGGAGCUUUCCCUCCUUUGCCCAGCAGACCAGGUUUUGCUCCACCUGCUUAUGUGAUUCCUCCUCCUGUGGCGUUCUCCAUGAGCCCGGGCUUCACCUUUCCCGCCAGUGUUUCUGUCACUGCCCCCUUCCUCCAGACCGCCUCCCACCCUCAGUCUGCUAAUCAGGUGCAGACGGGCAAACCCUCACACAUUCCCUACAGCCAGCAGAGGCCAUCUGGCCCGGGAGCCCUAAACCAGGGUCCUCUCCAGUCUCAGCAGCCUCCUCCCCCUCAGCCAUCCCAGCAGGCCUUGCAACAGCCUGUUCAGCUACAAGUACAACAGCAGUCGCCCACCAAGCAGAGCUCGCAGCUGGGCAAGAGCCCGCCGCAUCUUCACAGCAUGCAGCAGCCUUUCAUGCAGGUGACCGAGCAGGCUGGUCAAAUGUGGAACCAGCACCAAAAUCAGCCCAGCAUGCAGAAAAUGCCCAUGCAGAUGCCAGUCAAACCGCCUUUCUUCAUGCCCACCCAGGAUCCCAUGAACCUCUUCGAUCAUCCCAUGAGCAUGCAGCCUCCUCAACCCAGCAUGGACAAGAAGAUGAAGUUUCCGGAAGUCAAAGUCCAGGAUUUCUUUUGGGAGCCUUCGUACCACAUGGGAGGAGAGGGCAGGGGUGGAAUGGUGGACAGGAUGGGCAAACGUCAGCCUGGAGUCUUCUGCCCCGACCAGGAGAACAUGCCCAGAGGCCCUCCAUAUGAAGACAACAAGAGCUCCCCUCUUCUGCCCCCAGACCUGUUAAAGACUCUGGCGGACUUUGAGGAGGAGGAGGAGCUUCUCUUUACUAAACCUCAUGAUUUCUACCAGGCCUUGGCUGGUCCUCUUAGCUCUGCUCCUGGAAGAAACAUCUUUCUGCCAAGUCAGUCUAGGCUGGACAGUGGAUCGGAUGUGAUCGGUCAGUCCUCUCUUCUCCCCCGAUUUUCCAUUCAGGAGAGCUACCAGAACAACAGCAUUUUUAGCGAGGCCUACGGUAAAAACAUGCCCCCUGCGUCUAAGCCAGACGCACCCAUGAUGCACCAGGAGCCCUCUCUCUACUCCCUGUUUGAAGGAACUCCAUGGUCCCCUUCACUUCCUGCUAGCUCAGAUCACUCAACACCAGCCAGUCAGUCCCCUCACUCUUCCAACCCAAGCAGCCUGCCUUCAUCCCCUCCCACCCACAGUCACAGCUCCCUGCCCUUCUCCAACUUCGGCCCCAUUGGGACGCCCGACAGCAGAGACCGCCGGGCACCUGACCGCUGGAAAGCUGACAAGACCGGUGUGAGUGGCUUCGGGUUGGACUACCUGCCUUCGGCUUCGUCCUCAUCUGUGUCAGAGAAUAACAGCUGGCACCAGGGGGCGCCAACCAACAGCUGGGCGGCCCAGGACAUGCCAAUGGAGGAUUCCUCUACUGUCCUCCUUGACAGUUUUAAGUCAAUCUGGUCGAGCUCUAUGAUGCAGCCCGGUCCGUCUGCGCUGGAGCAGCUCCUGAUGCAACAGAAACAGAAGCAGCAGCGCGGCCACGGCAACAUGAACCCGCCACACUGAGAGUCCACGGGGAAGAAGCACUUGUGUGAAACACGAUUCAACGGAAGAGGUGAAACACCACAAGCUCCAAUCGGAAAUUUCCAGCAUUACCUGCGCGUGGAGGCUGGAGACGGCGAACGAUGCGAAGCGACAGGCUCAAAUGAACCGCUCGCCUGACCGACGGGGGACGUGCAGCCCUCUUACUCUCCUCUAACUCUCUCACUCACUCUGUCUGUCUCUCUCCCCGUGCCUCUACGGCCACGAGGGCGUGCGAGCGCCUGACCCGUCACGCCGCUCGGCACGUAGCCGCUGCAGAUCACUGACUCUGAGGGAAACAACCUUCCUCUCUGAUUGCCACCUCACUUCCUCUGGGGGUCAAAGGUCAUUCUCCUGUCUCAUCCGGACUCCUUGACUACAGACUCUGGACUAGAUGCCCUCAUGCCGCCUGCUUAAACGGCUCUGUGUUACCGACACACAGAGAAGGUGUUUGUGCACGUGUGUGUCAGAAAAGGAUGUUUAAUGGUGGGCAGGAGUGGUACAGCGAGGGACACAAAGAAAGAAGGACUUUUUUCGCUUUUUAUUCCAAAUCUGGAUUCAUUUUCUCGGAGGAGGGAUCUGUGUCGCUGUGUAAAAAAAUACGCGAAAAAGUUGGAUGAAUGAAGGAUGAACCUGUUCUUCUAGAGAGCACGCUGGGAUAUUAGAAGAUAGAUUGACACAUGGAUUAUGAUGUUGUCAUGUACAGUCUGAUUUGUAAGAAGUGUUUGGAGAACGGGACGGGGAAAGUCUCACGUUGCAACCAUUAUGAAGCUUAUAGCAACAUUGAAGCUCGAUCGGUAUCAAACAGAGCUGGGGUUAGACUAGAUGUAGAUGUAGGACGUAGUAUCAUUAGCUGCAAUAGAGACUGCAAUUAUUAACAAUACUGUAUUUUGUGACUUGUUCUGUAGCAGUUUUAGCUCGCUGAAAUAUUAUUCAGUAAAUAUGUUCAAUAGUUUACUGCUAACGGGGGAGUUCAUUAUGUGCCGCCCCUAUUUCCUGCUCCUCCCUGUUUUUUUGAGCAUCUUUACGCUAGCUUACACGCGUGACGCGUCUUUUGUUCAUGUUCUGCCUUUUAAUAGUUUUAUCAGCUCUCUUUGUGCCUGGUCUGUGUUUUUCUCUUUUCCUUUUGUUGUUUUUUGUUCCGUUUCGUUUUAAUGGAUUGUUCACAUCACUAUCAUGGUUGGCACUGUUGGGAAGUUAAUAGCUAGACAAACGGGUCCGUCGCUGUUAGCAAACAGGGAUGGAAGCCAGGGAGACUGAAUAUACAAUCUCUGCAGCCGCUGUACACAGUUCAGAAGCCACUGAGAACUGCGCUUGGGCUGAAGAAAGACAUCCGACAGGACUGUAGAACCAUAAGCGUGCUAGUUACGCUAACUUUACGUAUAGCUACCGCUGCGCUUAGCACUAAGAAACGGGAGGAAGAGCGUUAGCCCUGCUGCUUUACUCGGUAAUGUUCUUAUAACGUAUAUCAUUGGCUGCCUCAGGUUAGUGGCCCCGGAUGUAAUGUUUUCUCUCAUACUGAUUUUUCAGUAGAUGAUAUAGCACUGAGUCGACCUUUUAAGGAUCUCUGAGCUUUUUGUUUGGUAGAAAUGUUUCGGGGCCAGGGGUUAGCGUUGGAUAGGCUGGGAUAUGUAUAAAAAUGUUCACAGUUGUUAUUUCUUCCCGGUCAAACAGCAAAGGCGAUUUUCGUUCGGCGAAGGUCGUACGACAGACGUAUGAUGAGAAUAAAGCGUGUUUUUAUUUUUGAGUAGAGAACAUUUUAUCAAAGACAAACUUUAAAUGACGUGUCUAUUUGCCGUGUGAUUGUGCUUAUCUCUUGUUGCAUUUAAAAUCGUAUUAAAAAUAGAGGUAUAAAUAAUCAAAGGAACCUUAGAAGUUCAGUUUAGGUCAAAGUAAACAUUUGAAAACGUUUCGAGGGGAGCCUCGGGCCCCUUACUUUUUUCAUUUUAGAAAUGUUCAACAAGGCGUUUCAGACGUCUGUGCUCUGAUUGGCUGGUUGCUGUGGAUGCCUAACAGUCUUUUAUUUUGGAUGGACUUGUGGUGCACAGUCUUGUGAAUGUGCUUAAGUUUUGGACGCCCUGUAUCUCACUGCAUUGUAAAUGUGGAUUCCCCUGUUGUCCAGCAUCCGACUUUUAACCGUGGCUUCUGUAGUGAUGUACAUUACCAUGCUGAUCACAAGGACAACAGCCUUGCGCCUUUGCGCCGUAAUAUAACAUUCCAAUGGUAAAGCGAUUAAAAAAAACCCCAGAAAAAAACAGCCAGCUUUUUACAGCAACUGCACAGUUAAAUUUACCACUAAGUUAAGUUCUCCCAACUUUAAAUUCAGUCGGCCACUCCUGAAAUUCUGCAUGAAAUACAUCGUUCAGAAUGCCUUUUGUUUUGGAUGAAGGAGAUAUCGGGUAAAGUUUUUUGUUUGUUUUUUAAGCGGAAUUUGUCAGGGAAUAAUUGGGGGUGAGGAUAUCUCCUUCUUUAAUGGGCUUGAGUUGUGUUCUUGUCUUUUUGUGGACACUUAUAAAUGCUGACAUCAGCCAUGCCUUUAAUAAAAUAAACCAUGUCCUCAUA